GCUUGAGCUUGCACGGGUCGGCUGGCGGCUCAUAUCACUCUAAAAUUACAAGUACGGUUUGGUUCCAAGUAUCUGAUAGUGCAGUGAAUUUAUUGUACGAGAUUUACAUCUCAAGUAUACUGGGAUAACCAAAACAAAAAAUUAUAACCAAUCACGUCGUAGCUACCUCCACACGUAAAUUCAAUAUCUUUUCGUGAUUGGUUAUUUGAAACGUCAAUUCAGCGCCACCCCGACCUUAUAAAUAACAGUGCGGGCGCACGCCGGGUCUCUUUUCCACAGUAUUAUUAUAGAGGAACUUUGUCGUGUUAUUUUAGUGAGCUAACUCGAAAUUCAGGAUGCCGGAAACCUCAAAAAUGAAUGGAUAUGCUAAAACUAAUGGUCACAGCUACGAUAUGGAGGAUGGAUCAGUGUUUUUAUUCACAUCAGAAUCUGUCGGCGAAGGCCAUCCAGACAAAAUGUGUGACCAAAUAAGUGAUGCUAUCCUUGAUGCGCAUUUAAUGCAAGAUCCCAAUGCAAAGGUUGCAUGCGAAACUGUAACUAAAACUGGCAUGAUUUUAUUAUGUGGUGAAAUAACAUCCAAGGCCAAUGUUGACUACCAAAAGGUUGUUAGAGACACAGUAAAGCAUAUUGGAUACGAUGACUCUUCCAAAGGUUUUGAUUGGCGUACACUCAAUUUAUUGGUGGCUAUCGAGCAGCAAAGCCCGAACAUAGCUGACGGGGUUUAUGUCGACAGAGAGGAAAAUGAUAUAGGGGCCGGAGACCAGGGUUUGAUGUUUGGAUAUGCUACGGAUGAAACUGAAGAAUGUAUGCCAUUGACAGUUGUGCUUGCCCACAAACUUAACCUGAAAAUAGCUGAGCUCAGGCGCAAUGGCGAAUUUUGGUGGGCCAGACCCGACUCAAAGACACAGGUGACCUGCGAGUAUGUGUUUGCGGGAGGUGCUACAGUCCCUCAGCGAGUACACACUGUUGUUGUUUCACUCCAGCACUCUGAGAAGAUCACACUGGAAACAUUGAGGGACGAAAUCAGAGAGAAGGUCAUAAAGGAAGUUAUUCCAGCUCAAUACCUCGACGAAAAAACUGUUAUACACAUCAACCCCUGUGGAAACUUUAUCAUCGGAGGACCUCAGUCUGACGCCGGUCUGACGGGCCGCAAGAUCAUCGUGGACACGUACGGGGGGUGGGGCGCGCACGGGGGCGGCGCCUUCUCCGGCAAGGACUUCACCAAGGUGGACCGCUCGGCCGCGUACGCCGCGCGCUGGGUCGCCAAGUCGCUGGUGCGUGCGGGGCUCUGCCGCCGCUGCAUGGUGCAGGUCGCAUAUGCUAUUGGUGUAGCGGAACCACUCUCAAUCACAGUCUUCGACUAUGGCACUUCACACAAGACACAGCAGCAACUUUUGGCCAUUGUUCAGAAAAACUUUGACCUUAGGCCGGGAAAAAUCGUCAAAGAGUUGAACCUCCGAGCGCCCAUCUAUCAGAGAACCAGCACCUAUGGUCACUUCGGUCGAGAGGGAUUCCCAUGGGAGAACCCGAAGCCCCUCAACGUAGAUUGACUUGAAGUUUGAGCACUUAGUUUAUUGUAAAUAGUCACGAGUAUAUUUCGAACACUUAUCUAUGUGUGUCUAUGUAGCGGGAGCGCAGAGAUAUCGCUGUCUCUCUAUAGGUUAAUUUAUAUUAAUGCCAUUUCGCAACUAGGCGGAGUGUUUAACACGAAGCGAAACUUCUAUGUUUUAAGUAUUCAUUAGAUUAGGUGUAACGGGUGCCGUCAUAUCUGAAUUUGAGUUAGUUCAUGUCCCAGUGUAUUAAUGAAAUUUCGAAACCUGUUUUAUGUAUUUAUUAUUCGAUUUAUUUAUUUUCAUCUGUGAUUUAUAAUUCAUAUUCAGUUCCCGGAAUAAAAUGCGAUGGAUUUAAUUUAUGAUAUUAUGUAAUUCCUUAUAUUUUAUUACUGAACUGCCAACAAUCUCAAAUGUUUUUAAUAAGCUUAGUGAAAUGUAAGCGCUUAUAUAGACAUGGGUUUCUGCUUCUUUGGACAUGUCACAGUGGAACGAGCGAGCGAGGAGCGAUCUUCGCUUUCCCGUGAAGCUGCAAAUAUAGUACUGUUGAGACAAAUAUGACAAUUUUCUCUUUGCGAGGACCCGUUUUGACUCUUCGUUGUUGGGUUAGUAUUUUUUGUCUCACAACAGUAUAAUUUGUGUUGUGUUUCCGAAAAGGAUAUAAUGUGGAAAAGAGCCAUUUUGAAAACACACCGACACGUCCAAAGCAGUAGUAUGCUGUGCAUUUAAAUAAAAAUAUUGUAACGAUCGACGACAUUAGAGACGUAGACGCUUCGUCGAAGUAAGUUCAUUUAGAGUUGUAACUUCGGUAGGAUGGAUAGGUACCUAAAAUUUUUCAAUUCGUUAUAGAUUGAAAUAAGUGAAUUUUCAAUUUUGUCAGAAUGUGAAGUUUUAAACUAAUAUUAAAUUGUGUUUUCCCGGCGCAUUAUCGGGAACAAAA